UUUAGCGAUUCGUCAAUGUGAUUGUGUGAGUGUAUCGUUCUAUCCACAUGUGUAAAUCUUGUUUCUGUCAUUUUUUCCAAUAGUAUCGAGAAGUUUCUGUUGUGACAACAAAGUACAAGUAUUCAAAUCGCAAACAAACACCAAACAUACACACGGCCUUUGUCUCGUGAGUGCAGGAAAAAACACCCGGAAGAUUUUCUGAAAAGUAAAUUAGUUUGAUAUAAAAAAAUAUGUCGGAAUCCGAAGAGCAAUUUGAUUCAUUUUUAUUGGCGUUGGCUGAAAAACACACUGGUGGUGUACCAGAGAUGCUUGCAACAGUCGCUGGAUUCUUGGCUCGUAAAACAGACUUCUUUGUCGGUGGAAAUGAUGGUCAAUGGCAAACGUUGUUGCUAGGUAUUUUCGAAGAGAAAGCUGGAAAAGCUCAAGAAGAGCACCGAAAAAAGCAAGCGGCUAAAGAAGAAGAAGAAAAGAAACGAUUGGAAGCAAAACGACGCAAAGAAGAACUAUUGAAAAAAGAAACAUCAGCCAUUUAUGAGGUUACCGACGAAGAAGCGGCACGUCUACAAAAGGAAAUCGAUGACACAAAGAAUAAAGAUGUGGCCGCUUCAUUACCAGACACAGAGUUAUCAAAGCCAUUGGGAGAUGAUGCCGAUAAAGAAGGAGAUGAUAAAGAGAAAAAUCGCUUAAAACCAAAUGAUGGAAAUGGCUGUAAUUUAGAGCAUUAUAAAUGGACGCAAACAUUGGGCGAGGUUGAGUUGAAAGUGCCGCUGAACAUAACGGUUCGUCCACGUGAUGUGACGGUUAAAAUAAGUAAAAAAGGUUUGUACGUUUGUGUGAAAGGUCAUCAACCGAUUAUCGAUGGUGAAUUGCAUGCCGAGGUGAAAACCGAAGAAUCAAUGUGGUUACUACAAGAUGGCAAAACGAUUGUUGUUAAUUUGGAGAAAUUGAAAGACAUGAGCUGGUGGAGUCGUCUAAUAACUACCGAUCCGGAAAUUUCAACGCGUAAAAUCAAUCCGGAACCAUCAAAACUGUCCGAUUUGGAGGGUGAAACACGUGGCCUAGUCGAAAAAAUGAUGUACGAUCAACGACAAAAGGAGCUCGGUCUACCAACCAGCGAAGAGCAAAAGAAACAAGAUGUCUUGAAAAAAUUCAUGGAACAACAUCCGGAAAUGGACUUUUCCAAAUGCAAAUUCAAUUAAUUCACAAACACACACACCCACAUAUGCACGCACAUCAAGUUUUCCAUUCAAUAUUUAGCCAUUUUUUUGACAGACUGAAUGAAGUAGAAUACUGUAUUUACACACAUUUUCUGUGAAAUAGAAUGCAUCUCAGCACUCACUCAGAGCUGACGGAAAAAAACAAUACUUGAAACCGAACGUCAAUAAAGUCGUAGUUCAUUUGUUACUCUGCAUUUAUAACAUAAAA